AUGCUCUGUCAAUUAUUUCUAUAUGCCAAUGUUCGACCUUGCUACAGCCUUUCUGGAUACGAAACUCGAUAUGAUGAUGUUGACCUCAUCACAAUCCGUGAAAAUACAGAAGGCGAGUAUAGUGGACUUGAACAUCAGGUUGUGAGGGGUGUAGUAGAAAGUAUCAAAAUUAUUACACGCCAAGCAAGUACAAGGGUGGUUGAGUAUGCUUUUCACUACGCCAAGGCACAUGGAAGAAAGAGGGUAUCGAGCAACAAAGUUUCUAACCAUCACACUGUCCAAAAGUUGGUGCAGGCUUAUAUUGCAGCUAGAAACAAUUCCUUUCAUCGGGCCUUGUCUCUGCCAAUACAUGCUCUGAAGCUGAUUUCUUAA